AUGACCUGUCUGUUUCAUAAAUUACUGGAAGUAGGUAAACCUAGCUACCUUCGUGAUUCAAUUAUUGAAGAGACUGAUGUACGACGUUCAAAUAGACUUGCUGAGAAGAAACACUCAUCUUUUGAGUUACCACGCUUUUCAACUAUUUACUUAGAACGAUCAAUUUUAGUGACUGUGAUACGAUUUUGGGAAGAGUUAUCGAGUGAAUUUUGA